GUUUUUUCCAAAUGUCAUCGUCAGAUUUGUGGAAGUGAACGCAACAAGUGUUUGUGUAAAAUUUCCAAAAAUACACACGUGCAUCGCGAAAAAACAGCCCCAAAGACUGUGAAAGUGCGUUGGGCGAGGUUUGCGAGAGGUUAACGCACGCAUUACCGCGAAAAUGCCAUCGUGAAGUUCGAGUGUAGUUUCAGCUUGUGCAUCGGUUUGUUGUGUUUAAAAUGACGAAGAAAAAGGCUCAACUGUACAAGAAACCGGUGAGAACGAACCUGACGCUGAGGCAUUUCGUACGAAAUCUCAAAGAAAACGAUUUGCACUACGAUAACAAGCAAAUAACUCAAUGCGUAUUUUUAGGUUGUUUAAGGCUAAAACCAGUGAUUGGUGUGUUUAAACCCCACUUAAAGCCAACACAAAAACAAUCCCCUACCAAAUCGGCACCCUCCAGAACAAUAAACAAGCUAAAAAGCGACCCCAACGUGAAAAUCGUCAACAAAAACGAAAUAAAAAAAUCGAACAGCAGCAACAAAAAGCCAGCAGCUCAAGGGAAAAUCGUCAAGAAAAACGCUGAAAAAAUCAGCCAAAAGGUGAAAAACAGCGAUAAAAAGAAGACUGUGAUCAAAAUCAAACUAAGCCCCAAGAAAAAAGUCAACAACAAAGAGAAACAACAAAAGCCCGCAAAAACCGCCAAAAAAACACCUUUACCUUUGCCAGUCAACACAGCAAUGACUGAGAAAAAACAAACCUUCAAAAUCAUUAACUCACCCAAAAAACUCUUAACCAGCGUUAUAAGAGAUGAACCUAUCUACCAACCACCACCACCACCGAUUAAAGUAAACCAAGUUCAAAUAUUAUUCGACAAAAUAAAGAACAAACAGAGCACUGAAAUAACCAAAAAGCCCAAAGAAAACCUGGCAAAAACAAACAAGAAAAAAGCAAAUUCCCCUGCAGGCAGCAGUCAAAGCAAUUUGCCCACAUUUGCCACCAAAGGCGCGAAAAAAACUGCCAAAAACACGGAAAAAAGAAAAUUAAUUGACAGCAAAACUACAACCCCCAAAAAAUCAAAAAAGUCACUGAUUUUGGACACGGAAAAAAAUAACGAUGACGUCAUUUUAAUUUUAGACGAUGAACCUCAAAAAACCGCUAAAACAGAGGUGCAAGAAGAAGAGGACGUAGUUUUUGUUUCUUUCGAUCCCAGCCCCAAAUCAACAAGAUCUUCGCCUAGGCUGAGCUCAAGUGAGGUUAGAACUGAAGAGAACACAACUGAAACUGAAAAAAUAAAGCAGAGCAAAGCAAAAGAGAGAACAUCACCAAGAAAUAAGGCCGAUGAAGUUGUGGAACCCAAAAAGGAUGUUGUUAAAGCAAAGAAAGUUAAAGAACGGACAAGUCCAAGAAACAAAAGUAGUGAUUCAAUUGAAGCCACCACUGAAAAAUCAAAAACACCAGAUAUAACUGCAGAAUUACCAGCUACUAAGAAGACUCAAGCUAAAAAACAACAGCAAGCUAUUGUUAUUCUUGAUGAUACUGAAUCAAGUCCUAAAUCAAUCAUGGCAGAAAAGGCUCCUGUUUUGGAGGAAAGCAUCAUAAUCCAAGACGAUGAAAAAUUAAACUCCUCCCUGCAGCCACACGACGAAAUCGAAGCCUCCCUUAACCUUCUCUUCGGUUACACUGAAUCACCAAUACCUGAAAGGCUACCAAUGAAAGAAAUUACACCACCUAGGACUGAAAAACGCCCACUUCAACCCAUUGUCGUACCCGAGGAUGUACAACUUAUAGAAACCCCCAAGAAAAAAUCCCCAAAAGAAAAAUCAUCACCUUUGGUGAUUGAAAAUGAUUUGUUAUCGGUAAAGUCAAGUAUUGUACCUGAUGAUGCCUCUACCUGCUCCAAAACGUCGGCUAAAAAUGCUCCAGCAAAGAAAAGAUCACCAAUGGUGAUUGAAGAGACAGUGGUUGUUGGUGAUAAUGUUCAAUCAUCCAUUAUUGUGCCUGAUGAUGCCAAGACGUCGGCUAAAAAAACUCCAGCAAAGAAAAAAUCACCAAUGGCGAUUAAAGAGACAGUGGAUAUUGGUGAUGAUGUUCAGUCAUCAAGUAUUGUGCCAGAUGAUGCCAAAACGUCGGCUAAAAAAGCUCCAGCAAAGAAAAAAUCACCGAUGGUGAUUGGAGAAACAGUCGUUAUUGGUGAUGAUGUUCAAUCAUCCAGUAUUGUGCCUGAUGAUGCCAAAACGUCGGCUAAAAAAGCACCAGCAAAGAAAAAGUCACCAAUGGUGAUUGAAGAAACUGUGGUGAUUGCCGAUGAUGUUCAAUCAUCAAGUAUUGUUCCAGAUGAUGCCAAAACGUCGGCUAAAAAAGCUCCAGAAAAGAAAAAGUCACCCAUGGUGAUUGAAGAAACUGUGGUGAUUGCUGAUGAUGUUAAAUCAUCAAGUAUUGUGCCUGAUGAUGCCAAAACGUCGGCUAAAAAAGCACCAGCAAAGAAAAAGUCACCAAUGGUGAUUGAAGAAACUGUGGUGAUUGCCGAUGAUGUUCAAUCAACAAGUAUUGUGCCAGAUGAUGCCAAAACUUCGGCUAAGAAAGCUCCAGCAAAGAAAAAGUCACCAAUGGUGAUUGAAGAAACUGUGGUGAUUGCCGAUGAUGUUCAAUCAUCAAGUAUUGUGCCUGAUGAUGCCAAAACGUCGGCUAAGAAAGCUCCAGCAAAGAAAAAGUCACCAAUGGUGAUUGAAGAAACUGUGGUGAUUGCCGAUGAUGUUCAAUCAACAAGUAUUGUGCCAGAUGAUGCCAAAACUUCGGCUAAGAAAGCUCCAGCAAAGAAAAAGUCACCAAUGGUGAUUGAAGAAACUGUGGUGAUUGCUGAUGAUGUUAAACCAUCAAGUUUUGUGCCAGAUGAUGCCAAAACGUCUGCUAAAAAAGCUCCAGCAAAUAAAACGCCACCAAUGGUUAAUGAAAAAACUGUGGUGAUUGCUGAUUAUGUUAAAUCAUCAAGUAUUGUGCCAGAUGAUCCCAAAACGUCUGCUAAAAAAGCUCCAGCAAAGAAAAAGUCACCAAUGGUGAUUGAAGAAACUGUGGUGAUUGCUGAUGAUGUUCAAUCAAGUAUUGUGCCAGAUGAUGCCAAAACGUCUGCUAAAAAAGCUCCAGCAAAGAAAAAGUCAUCAAUGGUGAUUGAAGAAACUGUGGUGAUUGCUGAUGAUGUUCAAUCAUCUAGUAUUGUGCAUGAUGAUGACAAAACGUGGGCUAAAAAAGCUCCAGCAAAGAAAAAGUCACCAAUGGAGAUUGAAGAAACUGUGGUGAUUGCUGAUGAUGUUCAAUCAUCUAGUAUUGUGCAUGAUGAUGACAAAACGUGGGCUAAAAAAGCUCCAGCAAAGAAAAAGUCACCAAUGGAGAUUGAAGAAACUGUGGUGAUUGGUGAUGAUGUUCAAUCAGUUAAUUCAAGUGUUGAUACAGAAUGUUCGGACAAAAAAGCGCCAGCAAAGCAAAAAUCACCAAUGGUGAUUGAAGAAACUGUGGUGAUUGGUGAUGAUGUUCAAACACUUAAUUCGAGUGUCGAUGAUGCAUCUAGUAGCACAAAAUCUUUGGCUGGAAAGGCGGCUGCAAACAAAAAAUCACCAGUGGUGAUUCAAGAGACUGUGGUAAUUGGUGAUGAUGUUCAAUCAACUAAUGUUUUGUGUGAUGAUGCACUAAGCACUAAGAAAGCACUAGUAAUUAAAAAAUCACCAAUAGUAGUGGAAGACACUGUUGUUAUUGCUGAUGAUGUACGAACCAAAACAAUUGUCAAGAAAACAAUCGCAAAGAAAAAACCACUAGUAGUAGUUGGUGAUGGUAUAACCCCUGUUGAGGAAACUUCUACAAAGAAAACACUACGUCCGAAAAAAAAUACUGAUGUGCAAGCAACAUCUGCCAUUGAACCUAAACCCAAGCAAAUUUCACCAAAGAAAAAAUCACCAAAGGAAAAGGAUAAAGUAGUUAUUGAUAAUAAUAUACAAUCAGUUGGUGAAGUUGAAAAACCUACUAAGAAAAUAUUACGUAAUAAAAAAUUACCAUUGGUUAUUGGGGGUGAUGUGCAAGCAAGUUCAGCAUCUACCACUGAACAUGCCAAAACGCCAUUGAAGAUUGAAGACGCAAUGGUGGUCGGUGACGAUGUACAAACAUCACCAAAUGAUAAUGUAACAACUAAAAAACCCGCCAAGAAAAUGUUAACCCAGAAAAAAUUACCAUUUAUGUUGGAGGAAGCAGUUGCACCAACUAAUAAUAAAACACCGAAAACGACAACAAAAAAAUCUGGCAAGAAAAAUUCACCACCUCUCUUGGAAGAAGCAGUUGUGAUGGGUGAUGUGCCAUCAAACCCCGAACCUGAUGACAAAACCAUCAAAACACCUUCUAAGAAAGCUGGCAAGAAAAAAUUACAAAUGGUGAAAGAAGACACUGUGAUGAUUGUUAAUGAUCUACCAACUAGCGAAAUCGAAGAAGCAGCUGUGAUUGGUGAUGACUUGCCAUUAAACUCCAAACCUAAUGACAAAAAAACAAAAACCAAAACACCUACUAAAAAAGCUGCCAAGAAAAAAAUUCAAAUGGGGAAAGAAGACACUGUGAUGAUUGUUAAUGAUCUACCAACUAGCGAAAUCGAAGAAGCAGCUGUGAUUGGUGAUGACUUGCCAUUAAACUCCAAACCUAAUGACAAAAAAACAAAAACCAAAACACCUACUAAAAAAGCUUCUGCCAAGAAAAAAAUUCAAAUGGGGAAAGAAGGCACUGUGAUGAUUGGUGAUGAUCCACCAACAAGCGAAAUUGAAGAAGCAACUGUGAUUGGUGAUGAGGUGCCAUCAAACCCCAAACCUGAUGACAAAACAACCAAAACACCUACCAAAAAAGCUUCUGGCAGGAAAAAAUCAAAAACCGUAGACACUGUGGUAAUUGGAGAAGGUACUGAUAUUAUAGAUCCCAAAAAGUUCGCCAAGAAAACACCUCCAAAGAAGCAAUUACCAGCAAAAGCUGCCCAUGUUGAUAAAUCAACUCCACAAGUGGAUAAAACUGUAAAACCGCCGUUAAGAAGAUCACCAAGAGACAAAACGCCAGUUGCCACUUCUCCUAAAAAAGUCGAAGAAUCACCAAUAGAGGUAGAACCUAAAAAAGUUACACGCAAGUCAUUACCAGUAACUGAAAAUCCGAAAAAAGCCGCAAUAACAUCAGUACCAUUGGUGGAUAACACAACUGAAGAUACUAACAAGCCUAAUAAGAGAGGCAGAAAAAGAAAAUCUGCCGUCAAAAUGGACGAAAUCGUGGUGAUACAAGACGAGCUCGAAGCCGCAAUGCAGGAAUUACAAGCUCUUUUAGACAACACUGAAGAUAACGUGCAACAAGUUGCCGAAACAGUGGAAAAUAACGCAGAAUUGGUGGCCAAAAAACCUGGUAGAUCUGCUAAGAGUAAAGCCAUAGAAGCAAUGGAAAUUUCGGCUCCCAAAAAGAGGUCCAGGGUGUCUUUGGAGAAGGAGACGGUUAAGGUUGAGGCUGUUCCAGAAGUGCAAACUGCCAAGAAGCGUGGACGACCUUCUGCUGUUUCCAAAAUUAAGAGUGAAGAAAUAGCAGUUGAAGAAAACGUCACCAAAAAGAAGCGCGGCAGGAAACCCAAAGUAUCCGUUGAACCAACAUUGGACGUGUACCAAAGCCCUGAGAAAAUUGUCGAGCAAAUCAACAAACUUACCGGUGGAGAAACUAGCGUUUUCGAAGUGGAGGAAGAUGUCAAACAUUCACCAAACGUUGUGGAAGAAAAAGCGCAGGAUGUCGAUGUAAUUCGGGCUAAAGUGGCGAGAGUUAGACCUAUGAUGGUGGUUAAGGAAAAGACACCGCAAAAAGAGCCUCCGAAAGAUUUGUACGACUUCGUCGACGAAGAGAUCGAAGAGGUUUCGUUAAGAUUGCCGUCGCCGAAAAAAUCGCCACCAAGUGUUGUGGUGCAACAAGCUAAAAAGAGAAGUUCUGAGGUUAAAAGGGAGUGCAUUGAUUUGGUGACUGAGAAAAAGGAGCCGAGCACCGUUAAAUCGCCGAUGAAAUCGCCGCUGAGGCAGCAGAGCUUGGUGGUGAUGUUCGAGGCGCAGAGACUGAAGAAGCAGCGCCAAGCCGAGAUCGACGCGAUUUUCACCAGACCGGCGGAUUUGGCGCCCGACGUGACGAUUUCGUUGAAGAACGAAGCCGCGAAACCGGCGCCGACGGAAUCGAACAGCAUCGCGCUGGAUUCCUCCGACCAGGACGAGGACUUUUACGACGACGACUCGCGCAGCGCGAUGGAGUGGCUGCCGGAAGACUACGCCGAGUACAAGAUGCAGUACGCGGAGAAGAUCAGCACGCAAGUGGGCAAGUACGUGCCGAUCUUCAAGUGCAAGGUGUGCAUGCGCGUCUUCAAGAGCUACUACGUGCUGAGGAAGCAUCGCAAGACGCACGAGCAGAAGCAGAAUCCGUACGUGUGCCCCAGCUGCAACGACAGCUUCAAGGAGGUGGACGAUUUCAACGCCCAUCUCAGGAUACACAAAGGUAAAGAACCUUACAGCUGCAAAAAAUGCAAAAUGGGCUUCAUGAGCAAAGAAGCUUUCCAAGCGCACGCGCCGGUGCACAUCUUGAAGAAGAUCAAGGUGGAAAACAAAAAAUUCCGUUGCGACGUUUGCGCCAAGGAGUUCGGAAAAGUGAGCGAGAUGGAGAGGCACAUGCGCGUCCACACCGGAGAAAAACCGUGCGUGUGCAACAUAUGCCACAAAAGGUUCCAACAGUCCUACAACUUGAGCAAACACCUGCUGACGCAUCUCCACGUGAAGCCGUUCGCCUGCGAGAUAUGCAACAAGCAGUUCGGCAGGAACGACGUCAUGCAGCGCCAUCUGUUGACGCACUCCGUGGACAAACCUUUCAAGUGUCAAAUCUGUCAGAAAGGUUUUAUAAGAGACUCCCAGCUGGAAAAGCACCACAAAAAAAUGCACGAGAAAAAGCAAGCCGCAGAAGGUACCGAACCGCCUCAGAACCCUUUGACUAGCGAGUCGUAAAUGGGAGAAGUAUAAUUUUUUUGUUGAGUUUUAAUUGGUAAGUACUGUUUUCUAUGGCACACCGUUUUAACAUUUAUUAAAUAUUAGUGGUUUAAAAUUUUCUAAAAAUUUUGGGUUAACAAAAUUUACUAAAUAACAGUUCACUUUUGUAUUAAACAAUAUUAUUUUCAAUCAAUUUUCGCAAAAAUUUCUAACUAUUAUUUUUAAAUAAAAAUAAUUUCUUAAGUAUAGUUUAUUUGGGCAGAAUUUUUUAAAUCUUUAACAAAUAUUUUAUAAAAUUAUUUAGAUUAAAUUGGUAAAGUUAAACUUUUUAGUAUUUAAAAAUAGUGUCAAGGGAUUUAAAAUAAAAACACAUAAAAAACAUUUUCUACCAAAAAUAGUUUAAAACUCAAAACAAUUGAAAAAAUGUAAAACUUAAAAUAUUGGUUUUUAAUAAUUUUAUUCUAAAAAAUUAUUGGUUUAAAUUUAAAUGGUAGUCGAUAAAUUUGUAAUACAAAAAUUACCACUAUAAAAUUUAAAAAUGAAAUUUGAGAAUUUUUGAAUUAAAAAUUUAUUGACUAUUAUUUAAAUAACUCUUAACAAAAUUAAACUGAUAAUUUUGUAGAAUAAAAUAUUUGAUCUAUAAAUUUUAAAAAUCAAUAUAUUUAAUCUUAAAGUUUUACAGUUGUAUUUUAUAUUUAAAUUAUUUUUUGACUAUAAAUUUUUUGAGUUUUUGACUUUAAACUAAUAUCUAAUAAAUGCUAAAACGACGUGUCAGUUUUCUUUGUUUUAUCUCGUUCUGUGACUAAUUUUAGUCAAUUUUCAUUAAGUUUUGAUACACAUUACCAAUUAUAAUGUACUUGUUGUACCAUUUCGAGAUUUUGCGAAUGAUAUUCAUCAUUUUUCUUUACACCAUACUUUUUUUUUUUUGAUCUCCAGACUGUUUACCAUAACCAUAACUAGUUAAGUACAAAACCUAAAAAUGUACAUAUUUUGGUUUUGUGUUAUGUACAUCUAUUUUUUAAUAGACAAUAAAAAUUUAAGGCAAUAACUAUUAAUAAUUAUAUCCACUAGUAAGUACUUAUUUUUCAAACAGCUCAUAUCACAAAACACCCUGGUCAAUUAGUAAGCUUUAAAAAAAUGGUUUUACUUAAAAUUCUCAAAAAAAUGGUGGAUAUAACUAUAUAUUUUUGUGAUUUUCUCUAUUCUACCGUGUAGAAUAAGUGAUUUAGUGUAGCUGUACAGUAGGAAGAUAUAAAUCUAAAAAUAAUGUUUUUUACUUCCAACUCUUUCCGAUUGUAUAAUAUCUCAUUUUGAAGGUGCUUACUGUAUUUUGUUAUAUGGGUUGUUAAAAUUGCUGAAGAAAAAAAUCAUUUAAAAACUAGAGUAUUUUUUUAUUUGUGAUAGUUUUAGACCAGCCAGUGCCUUGGUAAUUUACAAAAUACAUGUGCCUUGUUCAUUUGUACUUUAUUAAUAUUAACCCACCAUAUAACAUUACGUAAUUUAUUGUUUAGUUUUACCUUUAAUAUUAUACCUUAUUAUUUUUAUUAUGAAAUAAGUGUAGUUCAUAGUUAUUUUUACUAUUAUAUCCUAUACUUUAGUAGUAAUAUGUAUUGUUUUAACGUUUUUCAGAAGAUGUAUAUAAUUUUCAGUUGUAUGCUGCUUUUUUUUUAUAAACCAAAUAAAAACUACAAAAUGUAA